AUGGCAUGCACAAAGGGAAGCAAUGGCAGAAGCAAAAGAACAACGAAAGAGGAUGAGAAAGAUGCACAAUUACCUGCAAUGAUAGCAAAUGACCGAAAGGAAAACAACGACGACGGAGUGCUGAGGGAGAAGAAGAUCAACAAGGCUGUUGCACAAUUUGCUGGUUGCUACGAUCAAGCUAGUCGAAACAUAAAGAGUGGUUCGAACGCUGAUGAUAUAAAGGAGUUGGCUUAUAAACUUUAUUCCACAAAUUAUGGUAAAAAAUUCACUUUUGAGAGGCAUUGGAACAUGCUUAGGUUGGAGCAAAAAUGGAGAAGCCAACUACCUACACAGAGUGGCGGCUCAAAGAGAACCAAGGUUAGUGCAACUGGAGUAUACUCAUCCUCAUCAAAUCCAAAAACACCAUUGGCUGACGAACCUGGUGUGGACUCUCCCGUUUGCCCACAAGGAUCAAAGAAGAGCAAGCGAAAAGGUAAGAAAAAAGUACAAAUAUCUGAAGAUUUUAGCGAAAAGAAAUUAUCGGUUGUUAAAAAAUUAUCUCUCAUGGAAGAUAUUAAGAAUGUUAGAGAAAAGGAACUAAUGGAUAAGGAAAGAGAAAGAGAAAAAGAGAGGAAACAUAGAGCAAAGAUUAUGGCAAUCAAAGAGAAGGAGUUACAAAUUCACGCGGCAAUGAAAGAACAAGAAUUACAAGCUCAAGCGGCAAUAAAAGAACAAGAAUUAUAA